AUGGACGGACACAUGGUCUUGGUCAUCGUAGACUCGGAAACGAAAUGGAUCGAAGCGGUGCCAAUGAAGAUUGCCACGUCUGAAACCACGGUCAGAGCCCUGAGGUCAAUAUUUGCACGGUUUGGGCUUCCAAAAACGUUCGUGUCUGACAAUGGACCUCAGUUUGUGAGCGGUUUUUUUCGCGAGUUCUUGGCCCGUAACAAGGUGCAGCAACUAACAACAGCACCCUAUCAUCCCCAAUCUAAUGGGUUAGCCGAGAGAGCGGUGCGCACGCUCAAGGAAGGACUAAAGAAAAAUCCGGGCAAGGACUUGAUAACGCGGUUGGAUCGGUUUUUGUGCAGGUACCGCCGAACACCCGGGCAGGAUGGCAAGUCACCGGCUGAACGUUUGCUGGGUUACCAGAUUAGGACGAAGAUAGACAGCAUUAAGCCGAAAGAAAAGUAUGCUGAUGGUUUGCCAGCAGAAGCUACGAGAAAAUUUAAUGCAGGGGAACCGGUGUGGAUGCGCACUUUUGGAAGAAGUCGAAGGUGGAUUCCAGGAGUAGUGCACGACCAAAAAGGUUCCAGGAUGGUGACUGUGGAUUGUGCUCAAGGACAGCACCGACGGCAUCUAGAUCAGCUAAGACGUCGAGCUGAAUCGGUGGACAGUGACCUUGACCAGAAAAACAUGCAGGAGCCAGCCGAAGAGACUGGGGAAAAGGUGCAAGACAGCCCGGAAGAAACAGCGGCGGAAUCACCACCACCGCUCGUGCGAAGAUCGACCCGGCCACGGAAACCACCUGAACGUUAUGGCUUUUAA